GCAAUAGACAGAAGAGAAAGAGAGUUCCACUAGGUUGAUCACAAUACAGCACACUUACAAAUGAGAGAUAAGCCUGUUUAUAUAGGCAAAGUCCAGCUGCUAGUAACUAACUAUUAUUCUAACUAACUCAUAAUUCUGUUAUUUAUUUAUUAUAAUAUCAUAUCAAUACCCCCCUUCCCAAAGACCCUUGCCCUCAAGGGUCAAGGUACACAAAACCUUGCAUCAACCUAGAGCUUUGAAGCAUUUUGAUUAACUUUCCCCUGAACCAUAUCCGAAUUAAAAUUCUUGUAGGGAAAACUUGAAUAUGAGAAAUCCAUUGCAGCAACGAACUUGGGCCCUUUUCUUGAAAGAUAAAGCCCAUUUGCUUAUCUGAUAUUACCAAAUCCAGUGUACAUCCAAAAUGCUUCUGCUGCUUAAACAAAGUGCAAGCCAGCUGUAAUCCUCUAUACGAAGGAAUAGUGCUAGCUGUAGGCUGAACAGUGCUGGAAACAGGGUAAUUUAUCCAAAAGUUGCGUCUGCAUCUCACCAACUGGGACCCACUGUCAUUUGAUGACUGUUUCCUAUCCUCACACCUGUCUAUGAGGUACCAAAAAGCCUGUAAACCUCCAACAAAGUGAAAUAUGGAAGACCUAUUAACACCAGAUGGCAUUUUCACAUUGUUUCUGGUCAAUAGAGAGACGACACUUGAAGAAAGUGAAGAAGCCGAGUCCAUCUUCGAAGAAACAGAGCCUGAAAUAGGGUCAAUGGGUUUCAAAACCCUUCCAGCUGCUAUUCUCACACUUUCCCGCGUUCUUGGAGCUCGCCACUCAAAAUUAAUACCACGCAGGUUCAAGAAGACCCAGACUUCUUGUUCCUGUGAUGUUGCUGUCUUCACAAACAUCUUGAGGACUCUUCUGUGGUUGGCCGUUGACACCGGACGAUUCUUGCAUUUCAAAGAAUACCUCUUGGGCCUCGGGCUUCUUGCGCUUCCAUUGCAACGUGAGCUCCUGCAUUCUUGCGAGGCUUUUGGCUUCGCGCAUCGUCCGAGGCAUGAAUAGACGUACUGGUCCAGCAUAGUCGUCUUGCAGCGCCGAGAUGUAAGCAUCAACCAACCAUUCUUCAGGCAAUGAGAUUUUGGAGGAAAUUGCAUCAAAUUCAGAAUUAAAUUCUGCCAAGGACCCUCGAUGUCGAAGACGGAGCAGGUCCUUUUGUCUUAUGAUUUCUUGCAGCUGCGUGGACAAGCCAAGAAGGGCCUCUUUUAAUUUAUUGACGGAGCCUUGUAUUCCAUCGACUGAAUUCAAUUUUUGUUCGAUGUUGAGGAGACGUUCCUCCAUGGAACUUGAAAUUGAUUGGGAAUGAGGGAGAAAGAACCGAGUAG